AUGGCGCUCUUGUCUCUUCUCCUUGCUUUACCCAUCGUAAAUGCUCUCCCCAGUACGAUAUCAAAUGCCUCCCUCGAAAGCGGCGACGUCCACACUCGGGAUAUCACCAAGUUGUGUCUUUGGACCAACUGCAAUGGGAAGUGCCCAGUAGGAUUCAGUCCGGUCCCACGUGCCACCGGCGGCCAAGGCGAAGUCAUGCUCGAUAGCACUAUUUGCAACGGCCCUGGUCUCUCGGUGUUCUGCUGUCCGAGCGCCUCCCGCUACCUACGUGUACGUGGAGAGGACACAGAGGCUCCGGUGCAUGCCGACCCGGGUGCGGCCAAGGCGAAGUGGAAGUUGGCACUCUCCGCAGGGGAUGCUCCUCGAAGCACCAGAGCGCCUGCUGCACAGCAAGUCCCGCAUUGGAGGCAUACGGUCAAUGCAAGUGGCACGGCGAAGCUCCGAUCUGUUCAAAGUCAGAAAAGUCGAAAACCCCCACUCAUGCUCCAUGCAGCGAUGAAUACCCCGAAUUUGUCCUCGCCGCGAGUGCUGGGUUUGGGGGCGAACAGAUCUGCGACUCUGGUAACGGUUUACGCCCACUCUAAUUAUUGCACGGCUGAUAUCAGUGCAGGCGCCAAAAGCUAUUGCUGCAAACAGACACCGAACGAAUUCACCAUGUGUAACUGGUUCAAAAAGGAGACACAUUCGCAACCCGACAACGUCUGCGAGCCCUCUUGCCCACCUAAUCACGUCAGACUUUCCGUUCAGCGCGGUGACUGUACCCAAGGCCAUGAAGCAUUUUGCUGCGCUGGGGGGGCGCCACCACCUCCUCCUCCGCCACCGCCGCCGCCGCCUCCUUCUCCCUCGCCUCAGCCUCAACCCCCAUCUACCCCGGGUUGGGUCAAACACGUGAGCGAUUUUGAGCGUGCAGCACAAUUUUGGACUGUGCCGGAUCUGAUUGCCGAAUCUGCAAGCGCAGUGGAGAGUGAGGGGAUAUCUGCUGGCGCGACCGACUUCGACACACAAUGGAGAUUCCAAGGCUCCUCGUACGCUGAUCUGGGCCAAUAUCUCGACGACCACCCUCUGCAAAACCCCCGCGCCGUUGUGGAUGAACUACUGUACGACAUUCCAGCAUGGAGCCAAAGGAUGCGUGCUAUGGACGUCUUAAAAACACGGAUCUGUCAAUAUCCUGGUCAAUUAGUAUCGACAGGAGACACAUUUGGAGCGGGAUCCGAUGGCAUAAGUUGGACGAAUACUACGACGGCGUCUAAUCGCUCCUCUGCAAUCUUCCCGAGGCACUUUUUCUCUGAUCCUAAGGCGCCAGACAUUCCGCCAGCUCCCAAUGACGGAGUUCCAACUUUUGGCACUAUUUUUCGUGGCAUCAUCAAUGGAUACCUUAGUCUCCAUUAUGCGAGAUGGAUGUGGCCCAUGCUCGAAGUCGCGUACUGGAUCGGACCGCGUCCUGGCUAUACGGAAGACCCGAUAUCAGACCGGAAUAUGCGUCUUGACAUUUACCGAGACCAGCGUCCAUAUCAUUUACCCCUGGGUGUACGCGACCGAUGGGUCGUCCUCCACAUUCACUUCCCCGGAAACUCCCCGCACAUCUUCCGAGACAUCGGUGGUCACACUUAUGUCAGUGUGUCAGGUAUCACGAUGUACCAUGGCCAAUACGCGACAAACCAAGAGGGGGCGUACUGGCAAGUCUACAACCGGGAGAAUGGACGAGAAAGCAACUUCGAUUACAACGCUCGUCUGGUCGUUAAUUGCCCGUGGUACUUUGACGCCCAAUCAGUGCCCGCCGGCCGAAGGCCAGGCAUCAUCCCCAUUGGACAUGCGGUGGACGCCCCAUACGCUGACGUUCCAUACUGGGGUGAUUUCCUGACAGUUAUGACCGGCCUCUACAACAUGGGUUAUCUGUCGCAACGUGGCUUUCGGGCGAUCCUAGCUUCACCACAUUACAAUGACCACGGAGAAAUCUUGCCCAGUCCAGCGGCACCCGCUUAUAAGUCCUUAUCCACUCCUACCGUCCUGACGAAUAACAUGAUGGUUGCGCCCUGGCACACGAACUUUAGAUUCGACGAACAUGGGCGAUUCAUCUACAACAUUCCAAUGCCGCCUUAUCCUUUGCCUUUGUUUGUGCCCGGUCCUCCAAUUCCGCCUCCACCUUCGCAUUCAGCACCUCCCCCUCCCCCGCCGCCUCCGCCGCCUCCGCCACCUGGACCGCCUCCACCACCUCCACCACCUCCACCGCCACCUCCAGCUCCCCCUGUCCCUGCUUCUCUCUGA